AUGGAUUGUCAUAAUCAAUGCGAUGUAGAUGCUUCUAUGCCUUCAUUUUCAUCAUUGAGAACAACGGCCGAGCCGAAUGUUACUAAAACAGCAGCAGCACAUCAUCAUCAUCAAAGCGCCGAAUCGUGUUCCUUUGUGUACCCUUCUUCUGCUAUGCCCGCAUGCCCUUUCCCAGCUCGUCCAAUGCAGCAAUCUCUGGAUGGUGCCCAUGCCGCUGCUGCGGGAAGUAGUAGUAGUGGUGGCCUUGCUACAAGCUAUACCAUGGGACGCAUGACCAACGAUCGAGGCAAGUCAGAAGCAGCAGCAGCCGUAUCCAAGGUCAUUGCGACAAAAACACCAGUACGUCUCGACUAUACAAUUCACGAGUAUUCUUCCUAUUGUGGCACCUUUCACCCACACAAUAUUCGAGUCAACAAACCCUCUGAUCAGUCAUCGCGAUGGUCUUCUGGCACGCACGACCAAACUCAAUAUCUCGUCUUACGGUUGGAUCAACCUGCCGUAGCCUGUUCCAUCAUGUUUGGCAAGUUUCAUCGAGCCCAUGUAUGCAAUCUACGGGAAUUCAAAGUGUAUGGAGGAAUGGAUCCAGAGGACAUGGUGGAGAUUCUGCAUAAUGGACUCCAAAACAACCCUGAAGCAGAAAUAUUCCCGCUCGUGCAUUCUUUACGCAAUGUGGUAUUCCCCAUCCAGUAUAUCAAGAUUGUCCCACUUGCCACCUAUGGUCCCAAUUUCAAUUACAGCAUCUGGCAUGUUGAUUUACGUGGUCAUAGUGAUCCAAAAAUUAUGGAGCUUGUCAUGAACGAAUACCAAAAUUAUCGUGAACGAGAGACAUUACGGCUGUGCCUUAAGCAUUUUCGUCAGCGCAACAUGAUGGAUAUUUUCUACAUGAUCAAGAAUCGCACUGGGGUCGAGUUGGAGCAUCCUUUCUUAUCCGAUUUACACAAAUACCUCGUCUUGGAAUCAGAUUUCGACGCUGCGGAACAUGUUCUUGAAGAGGCCCAUGGAUGCAACAUUUUCAACGAGUACAUCAAUAACGCUGAAUACAAGCCAACAUGGAAGCGGAUAUGGUCCACCACAGAAGAUGGUGAUGCACCCUGUGGUCGUGGAGGACAUCAAAUGUGUAUCGACACUGAAGAGGAAAAGAUUUACUUGUUCGGUGGUUGGAAUGGACAACAUGACUUGGCCGAUCUUUGGUGUUAUCACAUACGCGAAGGGCGAUGGCAACUCAUCAGCGUCAACACCGAGCUUCAGGGUGGCCCAAGCCCUCGAUCAUGCCACAAGAUAUGCUUUGAUCCUGAUACCAAGUCCAUCUUUGUCUUGGGUCGAUUUAUUGAGUCAUCGGUCGUCAUGACAGCCAACUUGGAAUCCGACUUUUAUCGGUACUUUGUGGAAUACGAUCAAUGGGUGAAAAUCAGCGACAAUACAGCGAGGGAAGGUGGACCUGGACUCUUGUAUGAUCAUCAAAUGUGCAUUGAUACCAUGUCCUCUGAAUUGUUUGUGUUUGGCGGUCGGCUCUUUGGAGAAUCCAACGGCUACAAUUAUGGUCCCCUUUAUUCAUAUCACAUCCCCACUAAUACUUGGCAAAUGAUUCGGGACGAUGGUGCUUCUCGUUCAACGAGCUUCAAUGCCGUCAAUGAAGCGGCUCGAUUUAUGGAUGAUGAUCAACCCCUCACGUCACGUGUCGGCCACUCGAUGUUGUUUGAUCCCACGUGUCGAUCCUUGUACAUAUUUGCGGGGCAACGUGUGAAAGAUUAUCUUACGGAUCUGCUACGCUAUCAAAUUGAUGAAGAUCGAUUAACUGAUAUCGGAUCAGAAUACGCCAAGAGCUUCGGUCCCAAAGCAGGCUUUACGCAACGUGCCAUCAUGGAAAGCGCCCAACAGGAGAUUCAUGUGCUUACUGGAUACAAGCAUCGUCAAGCUUCUGAAAUGAUUGCCAAUGAGUUAUGGAUUUACAGCAUUCAACAAAACCAAUGGAAGUGCGUCUAUCAAUCAAAAAAUCAGCGGGAGACACAACGCGAUGAUGAAUAUCCAACACCACGUUAUGCACAUGAAAUGGUCUACAAUCCAUCCACAAAAGCACAUUACAUCUUUGGUGGAAACCCUGGUGAGCCAGGUAGUGCCUAUACUGCUACGGGUGGUGGUGGUCGAAGGUUGGCUGAUUUUUGGGAAUUACGGUUAACAAAGCCUGAUCCAGCUAGUAUCUUUCGCCAUUGUCUUUUAAUGAUUCGGAUGCAGCGUAUGCGUGAACUUUGCAGACGGGCUAAUGCACCAAAGCGGGGCUGUAAUACUGAAGCGGUCAAUGAUGCCACAUUGAAGGCGCUCGAAUAUCUACAAUCCAAGGUAGCCACCAUUGUUGAUCACACAAUCAGGGAAGAAGCCAGUCAAUUUCAGCAAUUGUGUGCCGAAUUAUGUUUAUCAUCGGAAAUUACCGAUCAAGAAGAGCAGACGAAACGAUCCUUUGCGGAUAAUGAUGAUGAUGACGAUGAUAAGGAAUCGUUUGAGGAGCGCACCCACUUGUUUGAAAGCAUUCUACAAUAUCUACCUGCCCACAUGAAGGAACCCUCUGGACAAUUGCUUGAUGCCGUGAAUCUAGUCUAG